AAAGCCCACCGUAGAGAGACAGAGAGAGAUCAAUCAUCGUGGCGAAGAUGAAUUCCGUGUUCCCCGUCGACGAAAUCGGCGACUCCUACUGGCCGCCGCCGCCGCCGCAUCGGGUGGCGCUGCCGCCGUCGGCGGUGGCCGAUCCCGCGCCGGGGGCGAUGGGGCGGAGCCAAUCGGAGUGGGCGUUGGAGAGGUUCCUGGCCGAGGGGACGUGCUCCGGCGCGAUCUCUCCUUCCUCUUCUUCGAUCGCGCCGCCGAACCCGAAGCGGCUGUCGGAGGGCGGAGAUCUCCACGACGUCGUCGAGAUCAAGAAGCCGAACGACCAGCUCGCGCGGCUGAAUCAUCAGCCGCCGCAGCCGCCGCCGCAGCCGCAGCCGCAGCCGAAGGUGCCGGUCAAUCCCGACGACGGCCACGCUUUCCUUAAGAGUCAGCUCGAGAUUGAGUGUGCUGCCGUCGCUCGCUUCCGUGAGUCAACUACGAAGCCAGGAGAACCUACUUCUUUUCCCAAGAUGCCGUUACAGGCCUCGAUUUCUACACAGUUGGACAUCCAAGCUGAUGGUUCUGGUCAUGGUGUGCCAUUACCACAAGUUGCAGAUAAUGGAUCGUUUGGCAUUCCAGCCUUACCCUCCAUACAAAGAGAUUCAGGUGUGCAAGUUAAGCAAACAACAAGUGAGUCGUCAAGGGAGGAUUCAGAUGAUGAUGAACUUGAAGGCGACACAGGAACCACUGAAAACAAAGAUCCUGCUGAGGUCAGACGUGCUAGAAGGAUGCAGUCAAAUCGAGAGUCAGCUAGACGAUCCAGAAGAAGAAAGCAGGAGCACAUGAGUGAACUUGAAAACCAGGUGGGCCAACUGAAGGUUGAGCACACUGCACUACUGAAGCGUCUCACUGACAUGAACCAAAAGUAUGAUGUAGCAUCAGUUGACAACAGAAUUUUGAAAGCUGACAUCGAGACAUUACGAGCAAAGGUGAAAAUGGCUGAAGAAACAGUCAAGCGGGUUACUGGAAUUAAUCCACUUGUCAUUGCUAUGUCGAACUUGCCUAGUUCAGACCCGUUUGUGAGCAGCCCAAUGGAUUCAUUCACAACUGCUGCUACGCCGAUGCAACCAAAUGCCGACCACUUCUUUCAUCAUGCAGCUCCUAAUAUAACCUCUAUCAAUCCGCAUCACCCAAGAUUUGAUGACAGUGGCUUCCCCAGGAACAACCCACUUCCAGUGCUCGCAAACAUACAAGCCGAUGCCGUUUCGAACAAUGUGGCUCCGGUUUCGUCAAUGCAGGGUGUUCAUGGCGCCUCCGGGACUAUUCCUGGUUGGAGCUCAAACAUUCCUCCUCCACUGGCAAACACUAACACUAAAAAGAAGUAGACGCCCUGCCUGGCAUCAUUCCUUUGUUUGUCGAUAGAAUCUGUUGGAAUAUCUCUAUCUCUACAUGUACUUCUGCAUGCAUCUGGAUUGUCAAUGCAUCUUUAGGGUGUGCAACUAAACUUAGUCCAGACAAGGAGUGGAUCAUCUGGUGUCGCACCAUGUUAUGUAGCCUAUGCAUUAUAAAAUAGAAGUGAAAGGAAAAUGCGAAGCCUUUUGUUCUCGCAGAAUCUUCUUGGAGUACGGUAAUUGCAAAAGGAUGUUCAGGGUA